AUGACAGAGGUGGUAUCUCUUAUGGACAUUGACGAAGAUGAGAACCAGAACCAUUCGUUGAAACCAAACAAGGGCAAAAACGUCGUCGUAGCCAGCACUCUGCCUGAUAGUAAGGCCACUCCCUGGGUGGAGAAGUAUCGCCCUCAUUCACUCGCCGAUGUAGCGGCUCAUCGCGACAUUGUCGAUGCCAUUGAUAGGCUCACCAGUGAAAACAGAUUGCCCCAUCUCUUGCUGUAUGGUCCUCCUGGCAAGGGGAAAACUUCAACUAUUUUUGUUAUGGCGCGUAAACUGUAUGGAGCACAGUACCAAAAUAUGAUUUUGGAGCUGAAUGCAUCGGAUGACAGGGGAAUUGAUGUACUGAUUAGCAAAGAGUAUAACGCUUACAGGGCAAAGUCAUAUGUAAAGUUGGUCUUACUAGAUGAGGCAGAUGCCAUGACAAAGGAUGCCCAAUUUGCCAUGCGUAGAGUUAUCGAGAAAUACACCAAGAACACUCAGUUUGCACUCAUCUGCAAUCAUGUGAACAAAAUUAUUCCAGCACUCCAGUCUAGAUGUACUCAAUUUCGAUUUGCUCCUCUUGAGCCUAUCCAUGUUACUGAGAGGCUCAAACAUGUUAUAGAGGCCGAAGGGUAA